AUGACCGCGGCGACGAGUGCCCAUCUGGACGGAGACAAAUUCGUGAUGCAGGUGUACAAGGCACACGUCACGAAGAUGAGGGAGAAUCUGGCGCACGAGGCCGAGUCCAAGGAGAAUUUUGAGGAGGGCGAGACUGCUGAGCAGUAUAUGGAGCGGCAAGAGCAAGAGAUCGGCGAGGCUGAGGAGAUGAUCGAAGGCUGUAUUCAACUAGAAGCCUCGAUCCGCGACAAAAUGGCCGAAUGCAUGGAGGACGCGAAGCGCAUCCGGGGUAUGCAGCGCAGUACGAGACGCUACUUCGGUUUGUCUGACCGGGUCAUUGGGGCGAAGGGCGGCAAGAUUGAGUUCAUGAUCCCCACGUCGGACGUCGGAUUUUGGUACACCGACAAGGCUCCCGAAUUCAAGGUGACCUUCAACGCACCCAGGAUGCCGAAGCAGAAGGAGAGCGAUGGCAUGUUUCGAACU